AUGGCAAAAAGAAAAUAUAUGUCAAAAGUUGAUGGAAAAAUAAAUAUUGGAGAAAAGCAUCAAGCUAAGAUUCCAGAUCUAGUUGUUAGUGAAGAAACUGUACAAGAAAGUAAAAAUAACAUUAUUGAUUCAGCAUCAGAAAUUGUAGAUGUAUCUACAAACUUAACAAAAAGAGCAAGAGUUGAAGAAGUUCCAAAAGAAGUAGAAGAAAAUAAAACUGUUGAAAUUGCCAAUGAAAAUGAAACUAAAGAAGAACAAGUUGUAGAAGAAAAAAAAGAAGAGACUAAAGAGGAAGAAAAAGAAGAAGAAACAAAAGAAGAAACAAAAGAAGAAGAAGAAGUUAAAGAAGAAACAAAAGAAGAAACAAAAGAAGAAGUUAAAGAAGAAGAAACAAAAGAAGAAGCAAAAGAAGAAGCAAAAGAAGAAGCAAAAGAAGAAGCAAAAGAAGCUGCAGAAGAAGCUGCAAACGAAGCUGUAAACGAAGCUGCAGAAGAAGUUGCAGAAGAAGCUGCAAAUGAAGCUGCAAACGAAGCUGUAGCAGACGAAACUGCUUAA